AUGGGUCGUUCUUGGGAACUGCAAGCAAUUAUUAUUGCUAAGAAGAACUGCCUCCUAGGAGGAGAUACACCAUAUUGUUUUGCUGGUAGGAGAACUCUGAGGAGGGAUACUCAACAAGUAUGGAACAUUAUCAGCAAGCUUAAUUCAAAUAUUUUAAUUACAAUGACUGAAUUAAAUUCUAUUGAGCUAAGAACAGCAUCACUUGAAAUGAAGAACAAACUUUCAAAUGUUGACUAAUAAUUGGCUGAAACUCCUUUAAUCUAAGCAAAACCUUAAUAAGAUAUCAAAGUUUAGGAUAUUCUAGAUAAAAUCCCUUUUGGGAGAUUCCAUUAUAGAUUCUUGCUAAUUAUAUUCCUCCAUUACUUCUCAGGGACUUACAUUUCCUAUAAUCUUGGGUAUUUGCUGAUGUACCCUAAAUACCAAUGCUAAGUUCAUGACACAUAAAACUAUUAAGAAUGCUCUAGAGAGUAUAUAUGUAACAAUCCAAACGGGUUGAUAUGGAAAAUUGAAGAAGAGAAUCACCUAUCUUUAAAUAAUUGGAUUCAGAGGCUAGAUUUGAUGUGCUCUGAUUCAAUUCAAAUUGGACUAUUUGGAACAAUAGACUUUCUGUCUCAGCUGUUUACUAGUCUUUUUAUUACUCCCUAAUCAGAUAAAUACGGCAAAAGAUGGUUCACAAUAGCUGGUGCUACGGUUUAAAUCCCAGCAUUCCUCAUCAUCCUUAUAUUUAAAUCUACAAUACUAUUUUAUUUCUCUAUCAUAAUCAUUGGUAUCACAUUUGUUAACAAAAACUUUGUGAUGUAUUCGCACUUUAUGGAUUAUAUGGGUGAUAAAGGUUCAUUUAUAACUGGCUGGAUGUUUUGCUUGGAAUCAUUUAACUUUAUUAUAACCCCUUUCAUUCUCUACUACAUUUCUAAAGACACCUAAAUACUAGCUUAUAUUGGGCUCAUUAUGACUUGCAUUGUAGUAAUUUCUUUCAAGUUUAUAUACUUUCCUGAAUCAUUAAAAUUCACUAUUAUUUAAGGUAGAUAUGAAUAAGCCAAAACUGAUGUUAAGAAAAUCAUGUUCGAAAAUGGACACAGGUAAACAGAAUAUAAAAUAAUUACAGACCUCAUUGACUAAUAUGCAGAUUAGCAAAUAAAGGUAAAUUAAUCUAAUAGAAUAGAAGGUCAAUAAGAAAAAGAAAAGCCGAGUAUCUUAAAGUUGCUCUAAACUACGAAAUAUACAAUAAGAAAUGUUAUACUUAUGAUCAUUCUUUGGAUUGCUACAAGUUCUUCAUUUUUCAUGUUCAACUUCUACAUUAAGUAUGUAUAAGCUAAUGUAUUUCUUAUUGGUAUUGCAAUGGGCUUCUCAUGCUUUGGAUAUUUGUUUUCAGAUUUAAUUCUCUAAAGAGUGGGAUUUUUGAGACUUAUCAAUAUUUCAUACACUACAACUUCAGCUAUCUUGAUCAUAAUAGUCUUUGUUGAUCCAACAAGUAUAAACAUCUACAUCUACGCCUUAAUAUUUUUGAUAUUUAAGUCGUUUGUAUGCAUGAAUUACUCUGCAAUUUUCUUGGCACAUAUAUACCUCUUUGAUUCUAGAAUACUCGCUACUAGUUUUGGAAUUUGUAGUUUCUUUUCAAGAAUAUGCCUUUUAUUUGUACCGAUGAUUGUCGAGAUUCCGAAUACAUAAAUUCCUUUGAUCUAUUUGAUGGUGAUAAAUUUUAUUGCUUUUGGAUGUAGCUUUUUGCUAAAGAGAAUAGAUCAGUGA